AUGUCUGUAACUCCUUCGACGCCGGCUGCUGAGAAGCAUGGAGCCGCCACGACAAACAACGUGCCCAUCGGCAACGCCUCUGCCCCUGCCCCAAAGGACAAUGGCCCUGUUCUUCUGGCGAGACAGAACGCCCCUGCUCCCGCUCCCGCCGCGGCCAAUCCCAAGGCCAUGGAGGAAAACCCACCAACCGCGAUCACGGCGGAGUCGGAGCACGAUCGCACAGAUGUCGUCCGCCAGGCGCUCAAGAAGGCUGUCGAGAAGUCCGCAGUCACCCUUCCCGAGGGCGAUAACACCAAAGCCAACGUCGUCAUCCUGGCCGAGGACCUCGUGGUGUACAGAGGCAGCAACUUCCGCUUCCCUGGCAAGACCCUGACGGUCUUCGCACGGAGGAUUAUCAUUGCUCCUCGCCCAGGCGAAACCCUGGGAUCGGAGGCCAAAGACCACCAAGUCGUCUUCGAUUGUACUGGCAAUAUGGGGGAGGACCGGUACUCUGACCAGGCAAAGACACCCAAGGGAAAGGCAGCCGAUGGCAAUGCGGGCAAGCGGACCAAAGAUGCAUCUCUCUUCACUUCGGCUGAACACGAGGGCGCUCAAAGCGGAGGCAAUGGAGAGAAUGGCGCCCAAGGCCUUGCUGGAGGGAAUGGUGGCAACAUCUACUUCUGCGCCCAAGUGCUGUCACUCUGUCGGCCUGACACGGCGGCUGCUGUGAAGCUGAUUGCGCGAGGCGGAAAUGGCACCCAGGGCCAGCGAGGCGGAGAUGGUGGCAACGGCGGCCGUGGGAUGCCUUAUGACGCCCCAUUUGUCCACCCUCCCAAUUGGGUCUUCAACGGCGCGAACGGCGGAUCGGGUGGAAAUGGGGGUGCGGGAGGCAACGGGGGCAGCGGAGGCGGUGUUUACGUCCGGGUCACAAGCGCUGUUUCUUCGCCAAGUCGAUUUGAUGUGUUCGGGGUGCAGAUCGACAACGCUGGCGGACAGAAUGGCCCCUCUGGCCAGGGUGGUAGGGCAGGGGAAGGCGGCUGGGGCACCACGGCGAAGGAGAGUGACUUCUUGGGGCCGACCGUGACCGUGAGAGGCAGCAAUGGGAGCGAUGGAAACUCUGGCAGCUCCAGCACCGGCAAUCCCUUUACGCCGCCGACCGGCAAGCAGUUGGCCUUUUCUCUGCCCGAGUUUGGCGCCUUUGCGCUGGCCGUCAACCCCGCCUUUGCCCACAUGCUGACGCAGCGCCUCGUGUUCGAGUACGAUGUUCUUUUCAGCAGCCUCUUCGACAUCCUGCCAAAGACGCACAAAACGGUGGAGCGCCGACGUUUCGAGAAGAGCCUCGCCUGGGCCCAGGAGAUCUACGAUGCUAUCGGGGUCUUCGGGUCCUCGGAUACGCUCUUGAACGGUCCCGAAGCAGCGAGAUCUCCCAGCCACAAGGACUAUGAGGCCCAGGAAAAGGCGCUGAGAGAGAAGUUUGGCGGCACCGCCUGGAAGGACGACAAGACACAAAAGGCGUCCCGCACUAUCUUCGCCCUGGCCUUCGAAAAGCUUCUCUCUCUUGGCGGCAGCGUCGUGCCACCAGUGCCGGCCACCGAUUCGUUUGGCCAUACAUUCAACUUCGUCCCCGACAUCUCCUUUUCUAUCAACCGCCUCGUGAAGGUGGCUGCCGACCUAGAAGUUGCUGAAGCCCGACGGGCGGCGUUGUCACAGGCGGCCGCCAGCUCAAAAGUCAAGGCGGCUGAGGUUUCAAGCAGAAUCCAAGGGUUCUCAUACCAUAUUGCCGGUAUUCAGACAGAUCGAAAAGAAGUCAGCGAUGCCGUCGCUCUCGCGCAAACCAAGAUCAACGAGCUCCAGGGCAAGGUGCAGGCUGCCAUCAAGGACUGCGUCGCCAAACUCAACAGAUUCGACACCAAGGAGAAACUCGCCAACUUUUCCUGCGAUAACAUUGAGAAGGUGUCGCCCUGGCUGGCAAACUUCCUCUCGGUUGGCACCGCGGGCAUGGACCUCUUCAACACCGUCUCGACCAAUAGCGGUGGCGCGGUGAAAAAGGAUGCGCUUCAGGGACAGUUCAAGACCAUCGAGGCCAACCUCUCGGGCAAAGAACUUACCAAGCAGAUUGGCGAGUUUACUUCAGGCGCCAACGACAAGCUCAUGAAGAGGGUGAUGAUGGAGCAGGCGCGGUUCGAAAAGCUGUGCGACGAACACUUUCCCGGCGACGCGUCUGCUGAUGAGCGCGCUGCCUUUGACAGCGCCGUCGCUCAGGCUCGGGCCCUGAACGAAGCCCUCGUCAGCAACCAAAAGGCGUUGCUGAGGCAGGCACAAGUGGAAGCAUAUUUUGCCAAAGCGCGACUGGCCCGGGCCGCCCUCGAGGGUGAUGCGACUACCGUCACCCCUGUCAAGUUGCAACUUUUUGUUCAACUGUACGACGAGUCGUACGCCCAGCAAAAGGCAUGCGUCAUCAAGUUCUACUUGGACGUCAUCCGCGCCAUCACAGCGGUCAAGCUGGAGCCGACGUCCAUCCCACGAUCGAUCCUGCGGCUCGGCAGUUGGGACAACCUCAGCGGUCAGCUCUUCAACGAUGUCAUUCUCCCCCAGUUGCGCGCUGAGAUUGACACCCUCCGAGCCAAAAGCAACCGAUUUGCCACUACGGCCACUGAGUACCGCGGAUGGAUCACCAAGGAAACGCACCCAUACAUCUUUGGACCAGGGCCUUUACGGCCCUUCAACCUCGUGAUUGAUACCGCCAACUGCUACGACAUCUUGGGCAUCAAUUUGCCGACAGUCUUUGACGUGAGGAUGAAGCAGUGCUGGGUCAUCCUGGAAGGCGCCCGGCGGAAGAAAGAGGACAACUCGGACCUGGUCAUCGAU